AUGGAUGGAUACUUCUCCGCUGAAGAAGAAGAGGAUUACGAUUACUCCUCCGAUCAACACUCUUUGGACGGGAUUGAUAAUGAUGAUUCCGAUUUGCAUCCUUCCUCUUCCAAAAAAUCAUCCACCCAGGUCAUCACUCAGGAAUCGCUCCUGGCAGCACAGAGAGAAGAUUUGCAGAGGGUGAUGGAAUUGUUAUCUGUUAAGGAGCACCACGCGCGUACGCUUCUCAUUCAUUACCAAUGGGAUGUGGAGAAGUUGUUCGCUGUGUUUGUUGAGAGAGGAAAGGAAAGCUUGUUUUCUGCAGCUGGUGUUACUGUGUAUGACUAUCGUCAAUAUGGAAACUCUUCCUCUUCUCACUCUUCAAAUAUGACUUGUGAUGUCUGCAUUGAGGAUUUACCAGGCGAUCAGAUGACGAGAAUGGACUGUGGCCAUUGCUUUUGCAACACUUGUUGGGCGGAGCAUUUUGCUGUGCAGAUAAAUGAAGGACAGAGCAAGAGGAUUAGAUGCAUGGCUCAUAAGUGCAAUGCAAUUUGUGAUGAAGAUGUUGUGAGGAGUCUGGUUAGUAAAAGUCGUCCGGAUCUAGCUAAGAAGUUUGAUCGUUUCCUUGUGGAGUCAUACAUUGAAGACAACAAAAUGGCCAAGUGGUGUCCAAGCACUCCCCAUUGUGGGAAUGCGAUACGAGCUGAGGAUGACAAGCUUUGCGAAGUUGAAUGCUCCUGUGGUGUUCAGUUCUGUUUCAGCUGUCUGUCUCAAGCUCACUCCCCUUGCUCUUGCUUGAUGUGGGAGCUGUGGAGAAAGAAGUGCCGAGAUGAGUCUGAGACGGUUAACUGGAUAACCGUACACACGAAGCUCUGUCCCAAAUGUUGCAAACCUGUGGAGAAGAAUGGUGGAUGCAAUCUUGUUAGGUGUAUCUGUGGACAGUGUUUUUGUUGGUUAUGUGGUGGAGCUACAGGGAUGAGUCACACUUACAGGAGCAUCGCUGGUCACAGUUGUGGUAGGUACAAAGAUGACAAAGAGAAGCAGAUGGAGAGAGCCAAGAGGGAUUUGAAUAGGUAUAUGCAUUACCAUCUCCGAUACAAAGGGCAUAUGGAUUCAUCAAAGCUGGAGGAUAAACUCAGAGACACUAUGCUUGAGAAAGUGUCAAAGUCAGAGCAGAAGGAGUUGAAAGUCAAAGACUUCAGCUGGGUCACCAAUGGACUCAACCGGUUAUUCAGAUCAAGACGGAUUCUUUCGUACUCGUAUGCUUUUGCAUAUUACAUGUUUGGUGAGGAGCUUUUCAAAGAUGAGAUGAGCCCUAAGGAGAGAGAGAUGAAGAAGAAUCUGUUUGAGGAUCAGCAGCAGCAGCUGGAGGGUAACGUUGAGAAACUUUCCCAGUUCUUGGAGGAGCCCUUUGAUGAGUUUAGUGAUGAUAAAGUCACGGAGAUAAGGAUCCAGAUCAUCAAUCUGUCUGUUGUGGUGGAUAGCCUCUGCAAGAAAAUGUAUGAGUGUAUUGAGAAUGAAUUGCUCGGCUCUCUCCAAUGUGGCAUCCACAACAUCGCACCUUACAGUUCAAAGGGAAUCGAACAAGCAGCUGAGUUUCAUGCUUCCUGGAAUUCCAAUGGUGCUGACAAACCACAGCCUUUGGAUAGUGUUACAAGCGGAGAGACAUCGAAGCCAUCAAGGGACUCGGAAGACACCAUUUGCUCUUCUUCACAGAAACGUCCCAGAAGAGAAGAAACUUUCAUAAACAGCAAAAGCAAAGUCACUUUGUUGGACUUGAACUUGCCGCCUGAUUUCGUCGAUCAAAACUGA